UUCUGAUUGCAGUAGGUGCAGGAGAGCUCUGUUUCCCACACGCUUGGAGUGCUUCAGUUUAGAUCUCCAUCUUCCAGCCACUCUGUCCUACUGAAUCCCAGCAGCUCCAGCAACACUGCUGUACCCAUAAACGUGCUUCGCUGCUGCUUCACAGGCCUGCAGCUCAACUCUCCACGUUAUUUCCUGAAGAGCAAAAGCACCAGCCUGAAGAGCAGGAUGCAGCGCUUCAGGGAAGGCAUUCACAUACGCACUAUGAAGGCCAAGAGGAAAGUGGAGGAGAUCUCCAAAGAGGACGUCCAGGCCUUCCUCAAGAAGAAUGCCUUUGUCCUCUUUACAGUCGGAGCAGUUGUUAUAGGUAUUGUUCUUGGAUUUGCGCUGCGGCCCUAUAAGAUGACCUAUCGAGAAGUGAAGUACUUCUCUUUUCCUGGAGAGCUGCUAAUGAGGAUGCUUCAGAUGCUUGUCCUGCCUUUACUGAUCUCCAGUCUAAUAACAGGAAUGGCAGCUUUGGACAGCAAAGCUUCAGGAAAGAUGGGAAUGAGAGCCGUAAUUUACUACAUGACUACGACCUUUAUUGCAGUCUUCAUCGGCAUCAUAAUCGUGCUAAUCAUCCACCCAGGAAAAGGAUCAAAAGAUGAGUUCGGAAAGCAGCAGACUAUAGAGCAAGUCAGUCCUGCUGAUGCCUUCUUAGAUCUGAUCAGAAACAUGUUCCCACCAAACUUGGUCCAAGCCUGCACACAGCAGUUCAAAACCAAAUAUGGAAAGCGAGUAGUCCAUGUGACGGUGACAGUGAAUGACACCCUCUUCAACUCAACCAAUGGCACCCAGGAGGUCAUGGAGAUCUCCAGGGAGGAAGUGAUCCCAGUGCCGGGUCAGGUGAAUGGGGUCAAUGCUCUUGGGCUGGUGGUCUUUUCCAUGUGCUUUGGUCUAAUAAUUGGCAACAUGAAGGAGCAGGGCCAGCUCCUGAGAGACUUCUUCGACAGCCUCAAUGAAGCCAUCAUGCGUCUGGUUGCCAUCAUCAUGUGGUACGCUCCCAUUGGUAUCCUGUUCCUGAUUGCAGGGAAGAUUGUGGAGAUGGAUGAUCUUACACAGAUGGGUGGCCAGCUGGGCAUGUAUACCAUCACAGUCAUCAUUGGCUUGAUGAUCCAUGCCAUUCUUAUUCUGCCCACUCUUUAUUUUGUCAUCACACGGCAAAACCCUUUUAUCUUCAUUGCUGGGCUCCUGCAAGCUCUGAUAACAGCCCUGGGAACAUCAUCCAGCUCUGCCACUCUCCCUGUCACCUUUAAAUGUCUUGAGGAAAACAACAGAAUUGAUAAGAGGAUCACGCGUUUCGUGUUGCCUGUGGGUGCCACCAUCAACAUGGAUGGAACAGCCUUAUAUGAGGCGUUGGCGGCCAUCUUUAUUGCCCAGGUCAACAAUAUGGAGAUGAACUUUGGUCAGAUCAUCACCAUCAGUAUAACGGCAACUGCAGCCAGUAUUGGAGCUGCUGGCAUCCCUCAGGCCGGCUUGGUCACCAUGGUGAUAGUGCUGACCUCUGUUGGACUUCCUACUGAUGACAUCACUCUCAUCAUCGCAGUUGAUUGGUUUCUGGAUCGUUUGCGCACCACCACCAAUGUUUUGGGGGAUUCGAUUGGAGCCGGCAUCGUGGAGUUCCUGUCUCGACAUGAGCUCCGCAGCAAAGAUGUGGAGAUGGGAAACUCUGUGCUGGAAGAGAAGGAGAGGAAGAAACCUUACAAGCUUAUCUCCCAGGAUAGUGAUUUUGAAAAUGACAAACGCGCUCACAGUGAAUCGAACAUGUAGCUCAGGCCUCAUCUGUGAAAACAUGCAAAUAAUUACAGGUGGUUCUGUUUUUGGGAAUAGGGACCUAAUUGUGAAAUGUUGUUGUUAAUUCAUAAUUUGACUGUAAUCAUUUCACUCUUUGGCUUUGUUAACAUUCCUUUAUUGUUUUCUUCCAGAGGUGAUGACCUUCUUAGAAUCAUCUUUUAAUUAAAUUGACAAUGAUCAGAUCCUUUAAAAAAAAAUGCAUCAGUCAUAUAUUUCAGGUAGGACUGGUAGUUUCUGUUUUGUAUAUUUAAUAAUUUAAUGAAUAUUUUAAUUUCACUCAUGUAGAGGCUGAAGUGAAUGUAGGUUAAUGGUGGUUAGAGGAUUUAAAAAACGAAAAGGAAGAGGUGUUUUGAGAAGAACUGCAGAAUAUCUAACGCUACCAAGUAGGAAAUAAAAGUCAGUUACUAGAUGGGGACAGAGAGGAAGAUAUUAUGGCUAUCUUAAGAAAAAUAUUUUGACUUACUACUGACUUACUCAACUUAUAUUCAAAUUUUGUUUAAAAAGUUAAAUUUCUAUAUCUUCCCAACAUUAGCAGGUUAAUUAUUGAUAAUGUGAUUAGUAUUAGACCUUUGUGAUUUUUUUUUUCAGUGGUACAGACUCAGACAUACGUAGAACUGCCGAUACACAUGUGUGCGAGCCUUCACAUUUUGACACGUACUGACAUUUUUUCUACCAACCGCUCUUUCACUGUAGAUAUGGGCUGAGUGAAUAUGUUGGAUGAUUAAUACAUGUUAAAGUCUGUGCAUUCAUUAUGAAGGUGUGAAACAGAUACUGAAGACUGAAAUUCAACAACUUUUUGUGAAAACGAUUGUAUUAGUUUUUCUUUAUUCUGUGAAAUAAAGAGAAAAAAGCC